AUUGCUAAAACAGUGAUAUUCAUUGGUUACUUGUCUCAUUAUGUGUUUCACAUUUUAAUACUGCAUUACCGCCUCAGAACAAAGAACUACAAGUAAUGCCAGCUUAAUGGCUGCAGCAUCCAAAGCACUUCCAGGCGCUAGCGGCAUGGCGGAUGUUAGUUCCAGCUUCCGUUUACAUCACCAGCAUGGCAGCGCCUGUUUCUGAGAUGAAGAUGGAACCCUGUGAGAAUGAAAACAUCUGCACCUCUGAAGAAGUGAGUCAGGAAGGUCCCCCAACAGAGGAAGAUGGAAGCAGUGAAACGGCAGAAUUUGCUGCUGAGGCCUGUCCUGACAGCAAGGAUAAAGCAGGGAUUUAUAGAUACAUCAAAGAUGAUCUUUUCACUUCAGAGAUUUUCAAAGUAGAAAUACAAAACUUGCCAAAAUACAUAGGCUUUAAUGACAUAAAAAAAUUCCUUGGCAAGUAUGGGUUAAACCCCCAUAAGAUCAAACUCCUGAAGAAACAAACGUUUGCAUUUGUGACUUUUAAAAGUGAAGAAGAGCGUGACAAAGCUAUGAAAGUCAUACAUGGAGUGAAGUGGAAGAAUCGUCAACUAAGUGUUCGGCUUGCAAAGCCCAGGGCUGACCCCAUAAUGCAAAAAAGGAAGCAGGAAGAAGAUGGUGAACAGCCAGAAAGCAAGCGGCAGGCUGUACACAAUGAUGAAGAGGAGGAGCCCCUCAGUAAACAGAUCUCAGAUGUAGUAACUCCUUUGUGGCAAGUUCCAUAUGAAGAUCAGCUGAAAAUGAAGGAGGAAGAAUGUUACAACGUGUUAAAGCAAUUAACAAAGGAAAUAGGAGUUAAUAAUAAGCCACUCAUGCCAUGGCUGUUUGAGCAGAAACAGAAAUACAAUAGACUCUGCUGUCCCCUGGAACGUGUGAUACCAUCUCCAAUACAGACAGAGUAUCGUAACAAAUCUGAAUUCCUUAUUGGAUACGGUGUUAACCGGCAAGACAAAACAGUGGGCUGCAGGCUCAGCAAAUAUAAGGGAGGCACAUGUGCUGUGGUAGAGCCAUUUGAUACAAUUAAUAUUCCCCCUGUUACGAAGAACGUUGUGAAGGCUUUCCAGGAAUAUAUCCGGAGCACUCCAUAUGAUGUUUACAGCCCUGAAACAUAUGACGGUCACUGGAAGCAACUCACUGUCCGUACCAGCAGAAAGGGACAGGUUAUGGCAAUAGUGUAUUUUAACCCCCAGAAACUGCCCAAGGAGGAGCUUACAGGGCUAAAAACUUCUCUAUCAGACUAUUUUACUAAAGGAUUGGGGAAGGAAAGUGGUGUCACCUCCCUUUAUUUUGUUGAAGAGGGUCAAAGGAAGUCUCCCCACCUGGAGGAUUUGCCUGUGGAACAUAUAGCUGGAGACCAAUAUAUUUAUGAAGAUCUACUCGGCCUGUCCUUCAGAAUUUCACCCCAUGCCUUCUUCCAGGUUAAUACACUUGCAGCUGAGGUUCUCUAUUCAGCCAUUGCAGACUGGGCUCAGCUGGAUCAGGACACCACUGUUUUGGAUGUUUGCUGUGGGACUGGAACCAUUGGCAUUUCUUUGGCUAAGAGAGUCAAAAAAGUUGUUGGAAUUGAACUGUGUCAGGAAGCUAUUGCAGAUGCCAAGGCCAAUGCUCAACUAAAUAAUUUGGACAACGUAGAGUUCCGAUGUGGCAAAGCUGAGGACAUCUUUCCCACCCUUAUUUACUCUUUCACAUUCCCAAGCCCACUGGCUAUUGCUGAUCCGCCAAGAGCCGGCCUGCACUCCAAGGUGAUUAUUGCAAUCAGAAAAGCAGAGCAUUUAAAGCAAUUGAUAUACGUUUCCUGCAAUCCCAAGGCAGCAAUGAACAACUUUGUUGACCUGUGCCGUGCUCCUUCCAAUCGUGUCAAGGGGCGACCAUUUCGACCCAUCAAAGCCUUAGCGGUAGACCUUUUCCCGCAGACUCCACAUUUUGAAUUGGUUAUUCUGUUUGAGAGAAUGGAAUCUGCGGAAGCCAUAACUGAUCCCUCCAAAAGCAUCGAGCCGCCUCCUGCGCCGUGACCAAGUUCAGCCGGACGGUUUAUUAUGGAAAGUGAUUGAGGUACGGCAGUGAGUUAGAGCAAAGCACCAUGCUAUUCAUUUCAGUGUUGUACUUAUUGAAUUCUUUCUUGAGUCACUUUAUUUAAAUGUUAAACUGGACCAAGCCACAGAAUUUCCAUGUGUUGAAUGUGUCCACCUAAAUAAAACAUAGAAAAAUUGGACUGAA